UCCUGGGGAUUGUACUUGGAGAACCAGAGAAAGGAGCACUUUACCGUUUCAUCCUUACAGAGUUGAAAGUAAAACUCUCACCAGCUGGCUUGUCUUUUUUUAUUUGGUAUAUAUAUAUUUUUUUUGCCCUUUCACGCGCGGAUCGUCCUGCAGAAGAAGAAGAAAAAAACACACACACUCAUCCUAGGAGUCUGUCACAAGCUCAUGCGUAAAGACACUCCAACAUCGGUUUUACGCACGGGAGCAAAGGAGAAUCAGCUGCAGUUUUUUUUUUUUUUUCUUUUCUGUGCAUUUCUCUCAGCGUAAAGACUUUCAUCAUCCUGGCAAGGUAAAGUCCAUUGACAGGCUUUUCCUCUCGCGAGAAGGCAGAAAUAACUCACCCCGUUUUCACGCGUAAUUUGGCACCGAACAGUUUCGCGUAUGAAUCUCCUCGACCCUUACCUGAAGAUGACGGAGGAACAAGACAAGUGUCUCUCUGACGCCCCGAGCCCGAGCAUGUCCGAGGACUCCGCGGGCUCUCCGUGCCCGUCCGGCUCGGGCUCCGACACCGAGAACACCCGGCCGUCGGAGAACGGGCUGCUGCGGGCGGACGGAGACUUCAAGAAGGACGAGGAAGAUAAGUUCCCCGCUUGCAUCCGCGACGCCGUGUCCCAGGUGCUCAAGGGCUACGACUGGACCCUCGUGCCUAUGCCGGUGCGCGUUAACGGAUCCUCUAAGAACAAGCCUCACGUAAAGAGACCGAUGAAUGCCUUCAUGGUGUGGGCUCAGGCUGCGCGGAGGAAGCUGGCGGAUCAGUACCCACACCUGCACAACGCGGAGCUCAGCAAGACUCUGGGGAAGCUGUGGAGACUUCUGAACGAAGGCGAGAAGCGGCCGUUCGUGGAGGAGGCUGAGCGGCUCCGGGUGCAGCACAAGAAGGAUCACCCGGACUACAAGUACCAGCCCCGGCGGAGAAAGUCGGUGAAGAACGGGCAGGGCGAGUCAGAGGACGGCAGCGAGCAGACGCACAUUUCCCCCAACGCCAUCUUCAAAGCUCUCCAGCAGGCGGACUCCCCGGCCUCCAGCAUGGGAGAGGUGCACUCUCCGGGUGAGCACUCAGGCUCCCAGGGGCCCCCCACCCCUCCCACCACCCCAAAGACUGAUGUCAGCUCAGGCAAGAUGGACCUAAAGCGUGAGGGAGGCCUCCGCUCUCUCACCGACGGCCCAGUCGGGCGCCAGCUCAACAUCGACUUCCGCGACGUGGACAUCGGCGAGCUCAGCAGCGACGUCAUCUCCCACAUCGAGACCUUCGACGUCAACGAGUUCGACCAGUACCUGCCCCCCAACGGCCACCCUGGCUCUGCGAGCGGCCCCGGCAACACCACCCCGGUCAGCUACACCGGCACCUACACCAUCAGCAGUGGCGCUCCUGUCAGCCCGCAGGCCGGGGGUGUCGCAGCCUGGAUGGCCAAGAGCCAGAACCAGCAGGGACAGCAGCAGCAGCAGCAGCACACCCUCACCACCCUGGGCAGCGGCGCCUCAGAGGCGGCCUCGUCCCAGCACAGGACCCAGAUCAAGACGGAGCAGCUGAGCCCGAGCCACUACAGCGAGCAGCAGGGCUCCCCGCAGCACGUCGCCUACAGCCCCUUCAACCUGCAGCACUACAGCCCCUCCUCCUCCUACCCGGCCAUCUCCAGGGCGCAGCAGUACGACUACUCCGACCACCAGGGGGGCACCGCCGCCUCUGCUGCCGCCGCCGCCUCCUACUACAGCCACGCGGGGGCGGGGCAGGGCUCGGGGCUGUACUCGACUUUCAGCUACAUGAGCAGCCCCAGCCAGAGGCCCAUGUACACGCCCAUCGCCGACAACACGGGGGUUCCCUCCAUCCCACAGAGCAGCCCGCAGCACUGGGAGCAGGCGCCGGUUUACACCCAGCUCACCAGACCCUGAGCUCGACACACACGAACAAUGACAUGUACAGCCACACACACACACACACACACACACACACACACACACACACACACACACACACACACUCCAAAACACUUUACCCCAGGGAGAGCUCGUCCCUCCGGGGCUGCUCCCUGACUCAGACACUUGAAUCGGACGAAGAGGAGAGCUGGACUUGUGAUUGGCUCACGUCGUGCCUUGCUAUUGUACCCUGAUAGAAAAACUAUAUAUAUUUUUAGAGAGAUGAGAAGACUUAGGAAAAAAAUCCUCUGUGAGGACUUAUCGAUUGUUGAUAUUUCAGUAGGUACUGUGUAUGUUUUUUGUUUUUCUUUUUUUGUUUCUCCAUUCAUACGCUGGCAGUUUAUAACCCGUGAGGGGGAAGGGGGGAGGGGGGUUGGGGUCUGGGUAAUUAUUUGUACCUGUAGAUACGAACAAAAAAAACAAAACAAAAAAGCUUUAUAAUUGGAACCGUUCAGCCACCAACCACUCACGGUAGUGCAGUUUCUGGUUGCCCCUGUCGAUUUUCACACCUGUUUGUCUUCGCUUCUUCUUCUCGCGCCAUCCACCGAGUAUGGUUUGUAUUCAAGCUGUCCAUUUAUUAUUCUUUCCCUCUUCGAGUUGGGUGUGUGUGUCACGAUUGUCGGAAGAAGCUGUUAGGCAACAGACAGAAGGGAGAGGAGAGAGAGACUUUUUUUUCAGUUCUUUUUUUUUUUUUUUUUGUGCUGUCUUGCCGU